AUGGCGUAUCAAUCACAGGUACACCAACAAUCUUCUACUCAUAUGAUGAAGACAACGAGGUCUGGAAGACCUUUUGUCAAGGAUAUCCAUGAUUUGUUUUCAACGCUUGUCGUUUCACUACCAAUGGAAACACAUAGAAAUUUAUUUAGAAGUUAUUCCAAUUCAUUUACAACUGAAGAAGCAAUUGCAAAUCUCGGUUCUUUGAAAUUUACUCAAUCACAUCGUACACCUGAUCCAAAAGAUCCAUCACGUAUAAUAACUACUACUACUACUACUACUUUUAGUAUGACAAAAGAUAUGGCAAAAAGUGUUUGUCAAACUUUUAUGGACGCUAGGUUAUUUGAAAAUCUUGCUGAUUCUAGUAGUCGUUCUUUUAAGGACAAGAAUGUAUUCGGUUUAACUCCAAAAGGUUUAUAUAUUUUGGAAAGAUUCGUUACUAGGAAUGGGAUCGCUGCUCCUCAUUUAGCAAAAUUAUUCGCUUCACAAACUUCUCCUAUUAGAUUAUAUUUUGUUGAAAGAAGUCCUGAAAAUGAUUCCGUAUCUUCAACUAGACAAUGUGUUGAAUCAAUUUUUAGAAGAUUUGCUGGUACAAAACCAAAUAUCGUUAAUAAAGAUUCUGAUGAAACUAAAGAUUCGGAUUCUUCUUCAGGUUCAUUUUGUGAAAAACAUGAUAGAAAUAUUGGUAUUGAAGUUAAAGAACGUCAAUUUGGUAGUAAAAUGGCUCGUUAUUCUUUUAAUGGUGCUGCUGCUUGUGAUUGGCUUUGUGAUUUCACAACUUUGAUCACAAAAGAAGAGGCUAUGAAAAUGGCUACAGAAUUUAUUCGUUAUGGACUUAUUGAAUAUAUUUCUGAUAAAAACAAUGAAUCUAAAAAACGUUCAGAUAAAAUUGAAGGUAAUACAUUUAAGUAUUCCAAAUCUGUUUAUUAUCAUAUUAUUGAUGAAGGUCGUAGAGUUGCUUUAUGGGAAUAUGAUAAUUAUAAUUAUACCAAUGGUUUAAAUGGUUAUACUAAUGGUAUAAAUGGUAAUGGUUAUACUAAUGGUUUAACUAAUAGUUAUAGUAUUAGAAAUAAAACUAAUACUAGUAUUCCAAGAAAUGAAUCUUUACCUGAUUCAGAUAAUAUCGUUCAAAUUGAAAAUGGUGGUAAUUUACGUGGAAUGAUCGCUCAUUCUAAUACAAAGAAACUACAACAAAUUUUAGAUGAUUCUACAUUAUGUUCUCUUUUUAUGGAAUUUUUAAAAGCAAUGUUCUGUGAGGAAAAUUUAUUAUUCUUACUAGAAGUUCAAACUUUUAAAAGUAGAUAUAGUACGAACUCUGAUUUGAAUGGUGAACCACAAGAUCCAAGAGAACAACAUGAUCUUAUUGUCGAUGCUUUUAGAAUUUAUAAUACAUUUUUAGCUCCAGGUUCACCUCAUGAACUUAAUAUUGAUGGUGGUUUGAGACAACAUAUGGUUCAACAUAUGACUUCUAUUGUAUCAUCAAAUAGAGAUUUAGCUGCAAGUACAGAACAAAUUGGGAAUCCAGUUCCUAUAACAUGUCAUUUAUAUGAUAAAAUUCAAGAUACCAUUUUUAGACUUAUGGCCACGGAUUCUGUUCCUAAAUUUUCAAAGACAGAAAAAUAUUUGGCACAUAUACGGAAUUCUGAAGGAUUAGAGGACAAUAUUCCAUAUCGCCAAUCAUCUUCAAGCAAUAAUAGUGACAAACCGUGA